AUGGCAAAGAUACAGUUGCGCGAGUUUGAGAUUACAAAUAACGGCUUUCUUCCUAGUAUACCACCGCUGUCAGAACUAGACAAUGGAUACUACGGGCCAUGGGAGGAAGUUGCACACAAUUUGCCUGAGCUCAUCCGACUCCGGACUUUGCGGAAGAAGAUUAUACGACUGCCUAUAUUGAGUACAGAGCACCUAACAACAGAGCCGGAAUGGCACAGAGCACACACGAUCCUCACCUUUCUUGCGCACGCAUACAUCUGGUGCGGAGAGGAACCAGAAGAGGUUCUUCCAGCUCCAAUAUCUGUCCCUCUACUCGCCACCGCUCGACACGUCGAGCUCCCACCAGUCCUGACCUGCGCAACCGUCAAUCUGUGGAACUAUACAUUGAAGGGCUCUUCACUCAGUAACCCAGAUGAUAUCGAAAUACACACCACGUUUACGGGCACCGAGUCGGAAGCAUGGUUCUUAGCCAUUGGCACCGCCGUCGAGGCCAAGGGCGCACAUCUAGUACAGCCGCUGCUUGAUGCAUUCCUUGCCGUACCCACAAAAGAUUAUGCUACAAUCGCGAGGUCGCUGGCCCUGCUGAGAGAUUCUCUAUCCGAGAUGACCACCAUCCUCGGGCGUAUGCCGGAAAAGUGCGACCCAAUGACAUUCUGCCAUCAAGUGCGGCCGUUUUAUGCCGGAAGCAAGGGCAUGGCAAACGCCGGCUUACCAAGAGGCGUAUUUUACGAAGACGGCAAUGGCAAAGGUCAAUGGUUUCAGCUUCCGGGUGGUAGUAACGGUCAGAGUGCAUUGCUUCAAUUAUUUGACAUCGCACUGGGAUUGGGGUACAGCAAAAGUGACGAUCCGGCUAGAAAACGAGAAGGGUACUACUACAAUACGAGGGAAUGUACACCAGGUCCCCACCGUCGUUUUCUUGCACUAGUAGGCGAGUUAGGAAGCAUACGGAACUUAUGUCUUGAGCAGCAGCCAGAGCUUACGGAUGAACAGGCUGAGCUUAGGGAGGCAUACAAGGCAGCAGUAGAGGCAUUGGCCCUUUUCCGCCGUAAGCAUAUUCAGAUCGUCACUCGGUUUGUGACGAUGCCUUUGAGACACAGCUGGCAAAAUUCGCCUCAAAGCGUCCACAUGCCAGGUUUGCUGCCUUCAGGGCUUCGCGAUAAUGAGAAAUAUGGAACGGCAGGAACACCAGUAUUACAAUUCCUUAAAAAGCUGAGGAACGAGACUACAAUGGCAGGAGAGCUCGCUGGAUCUAUUUAG